AUGCAGCCGCCGAGGGAGGCUGGGAGCAAGGGCCCGCGAGAGCGCUCCAGGAAGAGCGCGCCGGGAGUGCGGCCCCCGGGGGAACGCGCGGAGGGGGCGCCCCCGACGGAGCCCCCCGGGCCUGGCUGGGAGCUGACGCUGGACAACCUGGCUGCCAUGGCCCCCGCGCAGCGCCGCCGCCACCUGCUCUUCGGCGACCUGCUGCAGGACGUGGGCCUGGCCGCAUCCAUCUUCCCUCGCGACUCGGCGGAGGCGGCGCUGCGCGUGCCGGACCCGCGCGCCUGGGCCCAGCCGCUAGAGCCGCCCGGCCAGCGCCAGGACCGGCUGGUCGGCGUCCUCCAGGCGGCCGAGGCGCGCGGCCGCGUCCGCGCCCUGCGGCUGCGCUACAACCGCCUGCGGACCGAGGAGAUCUCGCUGCUUCUCCGGCGCCAGAGGUGUGCGCGCGCCGCCGUGCGGCUGGAGGCGUUCCUGCCGCCGCAGCUGAAGCCGACGCGGAUCCCCGACCCGCUGAACCGGCAAGAGCGGAGGCGCGUGGAAUCUAUCCUGGAGGACAAGGCCGACGGCGUCGUCUUCCCGCGGUGA